AUAGUAUGUUAGUCACAUGGGCGAGGAAUAAGCAAUGUGUUGUUUUGCACUGUACAUAGCUGAGCAUGUGAUUAGGGGAAGGGCACUGAGCGCAUCAUGCCCUGAUAAUUGGUAACGCUCAGCUCAAAAGUCCCCAGAGCCUGCACAAACCUGGAGGCGUAAUUACUUUAGCAGGAAACGAAAAGCUUUCUUCUGCUGCUGUUUUGAAAAUCUUUUUUCCCACCACUUCAGUGGUAAAAACGCACACAGAGGGGAGAUAAUGGAUUGCGGCGUGAUCACCUCCAAAACGGUGUUGCUACUGAUCAGCUUGUUUUUUUGGGCUGCAGCAGCUGGACUUUCUUAUGUUGGCGCAUACGUCCUCAACACCUACAAGGAAUAUGACCCUUUCCUCCAGGAUAAAUACCCUCUCCUGCCAGCUGUCAUCAUCAUUUGUGUUGCCGUGGUGAUGUUCGUUAUCGGCCUCAUUGGCUGCUGUGCUACAAUCCGUGAAUCCAAGAUUGGGUUGGGAGUGUUCCUGAUCAUUAUCCUGUUGGUCUUCAUUGCUGAAGUGGCAGCUUUUGUCCUUGGAUUCAUUUACAAAGGACAGGUAAAAACAGAUUUGCAUGAACCAAUGGUGCAAUCAUUCAAGAACUAUGACGGGAAAACGGAAGAGUCUCACAUCAUAGAUUACUUACAGCAAGAGCUUCAGUGUUGCGGAGUUGACAACUACACCGACUGGAUUGAUAGCCGAUGGUUCAACGCCACCGGCAACCACAGCGUUCCUGUAAGCUGCUGCAAGCGAGACGUCACUAAGAAAAACUGCACAGGGCAGCUGAGUGACCUGAAGUUUCUCAAUACACAAGGCUGUGAGGAGAAGGUGGAGUCUAUUCUGCAGAGUGUCCUCAACUACGCUAUGCUUGUCAUCCUAGGAUUUGCCAUUGUGAAGUUCUUUGGAAUGCUUAGUGUGUGCGUACUGACCUGCAAGAGAGAACAGCACAACGGUUACCAUCCUUUGUCGGGGACGUUCGCUUGACCAGAAGAUGGAGAGUGACCCUUCGUUCUGCUCUUCCAAGAUAAAAUGGACUUGGGAAAGAUGCUCUGAGCAGAAAAUGUUUUGCCUGCUUUUGUAAAAUGCUGAAUCUUUAUCUCGGUGAACAGAAAGCAGAUUCCUUUCAAAGCUUGUUAUUAAAUGUGACCUGACUUGGAUUUAACAUAGCUACUGGUGAUUCCACUUGAGAAUCUUUGACGUAGUUCAGGUGUAGGAAAUUUGUGUCCAGGUGUUUCUGAACUACAGCACCCUGUGGAAUGCCCUCCUGCCAGAUGUCAAAGAAACAAACAACUAUCUGACUUUUAGAAGACACCUGAAGGCAGCCCUGUUUAGGGAAGCUUUUCCUAUUUGAUGAACUAAUUGUAUUUUAAUGUUUUGCUGGAAGCUGCCCAGAGUGGCUGGGGAAACCAGCCAGAUGGGUGGGGUAUAAAUAAUAAAUUAUUAUUAAAUUAUAUUAUUAUCACCAUUGGCCAUGCUUGUGGGGGCUGGUGGGAGUUGUAGUUCAGCAACAUCUUGGGGGGCAGAGGUUCCCCACACCUGAUGUAGUUGAACUGAAGUGACUCCCUUUCCUUAGAACAGCAUAUGAAGCCUUAAACCUUACAAGGUAGCCCAGCAGGUACCAUUCUGACGUUUCACAGGUGAAUGUGGUUCUCCCCUCCUCCUCAAACCUUGUUAGAUUUAUUAACAUAAAUUAUUUUUUCAAACUAUUAAAAGACUCGGUGUAUUUUCCCUUGCCUGCUGGGUGUUCUGACUGCAGGAGAAGGUUUUCAGCAUUCAGCAGCGACAGACAGUCAAAGAGGAAUCUUGUGAAUCUUGUCUCACUUCUUUGAACGUGAGCACUGCAAAAUAACAGAUAGAUCUUAGGUGAGUGUUGCCAUUUGCUGGUGGAGUUUUUGGACGGCUGCAAAUUUCACCUGGGACUAUCAGCAUUCAGAUGUGAAUGUCAACAUGGUACCACCAUCCACAUUCCCUACCUAGACUCUUAAGGGUGGAAGGGUGAAACUUUUGCAUCUUGUGCUCACAACUAAACAGCUACUGAUGUCAGCUUUGAUAAUCUAAUUCACACCAACACCAGCUUUUCACACAAGAUGAAGUGACCAGCAGUAUAAAACCUGAUAGCACUAAGCGGUUUCUGGAUUAAGGCUUUGUUAUCCUGAUAUCCAUGCUUGCAGCCACUUGCCUUGUUGACGUUUGCACUGAAUCAAUCCCAUGCCAUAUCUCAAAGCACCAGAAUGCAUAUGAAAUCUCCUGGCUGGACUGGGAGCGUUAUGUCGGGUGGUGCAACUCUGUACACACUGCAAUUCAAUGUGGGGAUUUGUUAAGCGUUUUGUGCUGCUUAACUUUAGGAGUGAUUGGAACACACCUGAAUCCUACAUCUUUAGAGACUGCGCUGAGAAACCAUUCCAAGCAAAUACGAUUUGAACAGCCACUUGCAAGUGUAUCAUAGUGAAGAUAUGGUGCAGGCUUUACUUAUGCUGUGCAUUGUUUUACUUGCUUCUGGUAUCACAUUUAUUUAAUACAUACAGCGUCCUUUGCGCUUUUGUGAACAGUGGAACAACUUAGGCACCAUACGUACUGUUGAAAAAUAAAAUGACACUUCCUUUUUCCAAACACCUUUGCUUUAGUUUCUUGAGGGCUUCAGGAAUAUUUGGACUAUAGAUAAGUAAGUUCCCUUUUUAACCCCAAAUAAAUAAAUAAAGGUUAAUUACA